AGAUGCAGUCCGUUCCGAUCCGUAUUCCUACAGACUCCACGUAUGAAGGUCUCGGCCCCCAGUGCAUCACUCCUAAGACGCCGUCUACUCCACAUGGACCAGAUGAGCUUGAGAGCGACACGUCAAACCGCAGCCAGAGGUCUUACAGACAUAGCAGGGGACGAGUCCGUUACCUGGACGCUUCUUCAUCGCCGGCAGAAAAAUUAUCUAACGCACAGCUAAUGGCCGAGCAUUUCAUCCAAGAAAAUCAAUUCAUCAAAGCUAACAAAGAGUUCAUCCGAUGUGUCGCCUUAAACAAAAUUCUUUACGGGGAUGGACAUUGGAGACUUGCCCAAGCGUUUGCAAAUCUUGCCCACAGUUACCUUAUUUUCAGGGAGCUGCCGGCACAGGCCCGACAGCAUGCUGAGUCCGCGAAAACUAUUCUCCUGAGAGGGGUGGAUAUGACAAAGUCCGUGGAAGAAAAGAGAGAAAUACUAGAGACUCUGGUGACGAUCUACUAUACUCUUGGGAUGGCUCACCUGCUGGAGAAUAAUGGAAAGGAGUCUUCCCUCAGCUUGCAGAAAGUGGAGAAGAUUCUGGAGGAAUUGGAUGAACUACAAGAGAAAUCAUCGGUCACCUUAAAAAUAUCAGAAAAGGAUGUCGCCGUCGCCCUGGGAAAGGCUUGUUUGCUUCAAAAGAAACUAAGUUCAGCAACAACUUAUUUCGAGCAGGCCGUGAGUUUCGUCGUUUCUGCCAAGGGGGACAGCGAUCCCGAGCUGAUCGAUCUUUACAAGGUUUUGGCGAGGGCCGAGCAAAUGAGGAAAAAGCAUGACCUUGCCAUCCGGCACCUACUCCAGGCUCAUUCCAUUUCUCAAGCAGCGUACAAGAAAUUCAGCACCGAGUCCGCGGAGACGGAGCUGCUGUUGGCUAAAGCAUAUGCGGCUUCCACAAACUCCUCGUAUGAUGGCAAGUAACAGCAUGAAGCCGCUGAGAAGUGUUUUAGAGAGAGUCUGAAUGCGUUUCAAGCCGUUCUGGGGCCAAAUGAUCCGCAGACGUUAAAUACUUGCGUGGAGUUCAGCAAGUGGCUUAUCCAGAUUGGAAACAGAGAGGAGGCGUAUGAGCUUCUUCGUGGAGCUGUGAGCUCUGACACUGACUUAAGCGAGCCCCUGGUGGAAGUACUUAGUAUUAUGGGGGGCAUUUGCUUAGCAGACGGGAAAAUACACAAAGCUUAUAAACUCCUGAAGAAGUGUUUAGAAAUUCAGAGCACAGUUUACGGACCUCAGCAUACAAAAAGCAGAGCAACACAAAACAUACUCGACAUGUUGAAGAAAUCUGGAGCUACCAGGGAUUGAGAAUAAAAUCAAAUCCGAGUGGACCGCUUAAAUCAAGGACACGUAAAAGAAUCAAUGUUGGAACCAGGCAAUUAAUAUAGAAACUAUAGUGUGUGAUAUUGUGUAUAUACCAAGGAAAAGCAUUUGUGCUGCAUGUGACGUUUCGAUCCAUUCAGAUUGUGGAGUUGUGUCUAUAAUUUCUGAAGCUUGUUGCUCAAGAGGUGAAACAUUUUACACCUUAAUAUUCACUUUGCAUUAGGAAGGGUUAAACCUUACAGCUGCUACAUUAAACUUAGAGAAACGGUC